GUAAACUGGGAAACAGACUCUUGAGUACAACCGUCUUGUAGUUACUGCAUUUCAUUGAGAAGCGUCUCAUACAGGUAGAGUUUUCUGAAGUUGUUUAGUGAGAUUUCCCAGGAUCCCUACAGGUAGAAGUAGGUGAGGCCGCUUCGGCCCGUCUGCUGGACCAGGACGGGUAUCACAGCUCCAAUGCCGCCCGCCCGGGCCCGUGCUGCUGCCGCCGGCCACGGGAGUGAAUGACUGUGCCACUUCUUUCCCGGGCCGCUGGCGCCGCCUCCCGCUCCACCAGCCGGCUGUUUUGAUUAACCCCCUGGACUGCUUCUGUGAACUUCAAUAUGUGUCAUGUCAUUGUCACCUGCCGCUCCAUGCUCUGGACCCUCCUGAGUAUUGUGGUGGCCUUUGCGGAGCUCAUCGCCUUCAUGAGUGCAGACUGGCUGAUCGGGAAGGCCAAGAGCCGCAGCGGAGGGGCCGAGCCGACGGCAGGGGGCGCCCCCGAGCCCCCGCACCCCACGCUGGGCAUCUAUGCUCGCUGCAUCCGCAACCCUGGGCUGCAGCACGUACCGCGCGACACGCUCUGCGGGCCUUAUGCUGAGAGCUUCGGAGAGAUCGCCAGCGGCUUCUGGCAGGCCACCGCGAUCUUCUUGGCCGUGGGAAUCCUCAUCCUCUGCGUGGUGGCCUUGGUAUCCGUCUUCACCAUGUGUGUGCAGAGCAUCAUGAAGAAGAGCAUCUUCAACGUGUGCGGUCUCCUGCAAGGAAUUGCCGGCCUGUUCCUCAUCCUUGGUCUCAUCCUCUACCCUGCUGGAUGGGGCUGCCAGAAAGCCGUAGACUACUGUGGACACUAUGCAUCCGCCUACAAACCUGGAGACUGCUCUUUGGGAUGGGCCUUUUACACUGCCAUCGGCGGCACAGUCCUCACCUUCAUCUGUGCCAUCUUUUCCGCACAAGCAGAAAUUGCAACCUCCAGUGACAAAGUACAGGAAGAAAUCGAAGAAGGGAAAAACCUUAUCUGCCUCCUUUAGUGUGGAAGAGACAUUGAUGCCACUGUUUUUCCUUUGUAAUCUUGUGAAACAGUCGUCGUAUGAAUCAAGUGGAAAAAUAGCCUUCACCUACCAAAGCCACAUUCCACAGCCCCAGCCUGCACAGGACCUGUGAGGGGCAACACUUGACUAAGCACAGCUACUGGACAAGGGCCACAGUGCAAAUGAUGCGUGACAACCUGUACCAUUGUGUAACAAACCUGACUGCAGUUGUGGGGGCUGAUCAGAUCCCAUCUCCCCAGGGCUCCAUGAAGGAUAAGGAUAAUGACCGGAAUCAUGAAGGCACCAUCUUUCUGGCAACAGGAGACUUCGUUGGCCACGAGGCUGGCAGGCCAUUUUGAGGGUCAAAGAGGAAGCUUCUGCCUUGCGGAUGCAUGUAUGUGAGCAUCUUUGCCUCAGAAUGAGGUCUCAAGUUGGCCUGGUUUUCUUCCUAGUUCUUUCCCCUUGUUUCAGUUGGAGACUAAACAGAUGAUCACAAACUUACUGGGGAAAGGAUGUGUGCCAGUGGACCAAAGGGUUCUCAACGACCAUGUGGGACUUACUCUAGGCUGAAUUCCAGGGGAAAGUAGAUCACGUCAUCCAGACUGCCACUCCAAGGUGUCAGAAACGUUUGAGUAAAGAGACACUGAGGGGCUGUACAAUCACAUGAGAAUAAAAGCUUAGAUGUUGGCCAGAUGAGGACAGUUUCCUCUUCCAGCAGCCAGGCUAGCAUACAUGCAGGCCCAGCUGCCUCUUUCUUUUAGAACUAAGAUUAUGCUUUGACUGUCAAAGGAAACCUGUUUCCUUCUUCCAGGGAGAGUGGGCUUCACACCAGCUGUGAAAGUCAGGUGCUCACAAGGAGGAACUGCCCUGAGGGGACCUUUUCUGUUUGGUGAUCCAGCUUUAGCUGGAUUCCCAAUCCCUUUAGCAAAAGGAAUGGGAAACUUUGCAGGAAAAGGGAGCUAGUGAUGGUAGUUAAGCUUCUCUAGUCACUGGUGGCAUCCUGAAAGCAAACUGAAAUAACAUUAAACUGCUGCAACCGAGUUGCACCAGAGAUUUGAAAAGCAAAGAGCAGAAAGUUUAUGCAAAAACCCAAGCUAGAUCAAGUUCACAGCAUCUGCCUAUACCUGUUUACAGAAACACUCAAAAUACCACUGUUAGAAAGGAUUGAGGAAAAAAGAAAAAAAGAUCCAGGGCUUUUAAUGUAGUUUCCAUAAGUUAGCAAUAUAAUUGAUCUGGGCAAGUGGUAAUCAGAAUGAGCAAAGGUCUGACAUGCGCACAGGGACCGCAGAAGGAGAACUUUCCUCACCCACAGAAGCCAGGAAGCAUAGGCCUGUCCAUUGUCUGGGAGUCUCUUUGGGUUUAUGAAUCUGCUCACAGAGGGCUUUAUUUUGAAAAUAUAACAGGUACUAAGCACCUUCUACUGGGAAGGUAUUUUGUGGUAAGUACCAUCAGGUAUUCAAACUUGACUCAGAAGUUACAACUUUGCACCAGUGAAUGAUGUCAAAGCUGUGUGAGUUAGAACCAUAGGAGGCAGAACAAGAAAUAAAUUGGGGAGACUAACUUUUUUUUAUUACAUCCUGUUUGGCCUUUGGCCUGUAGCAAAAACCAUCUUAUCUCACAGGUGAAAAGGCCAAGGGCAAGAUAUGAGCAGAUCUUUUAAACCAGUGCUCGCUUUUUUCAGAGCAAGAAGGGUUAACAGCCAUCCUUCUAGAAACCUAGGUAAAGGCUCAGGAAACAUUAAACCAUCUGUCUACAUGAAAUAGGCCAUGGGAGCCACUGGGCAAGACUCCUGUGCCUGACAGUGCUUUAUAAUGUCUAACUGAGUCCCUCCACCAGCCAGAUAACUACUUUUAAACCUGAGCAGUAAUUUUCAUUAAAAGCAGUUUCCUUCAUCGGGCAAAUCUUGAUACAACUUUUUCUUAAAUUUCUUAUUAGAAGAUUAACCUUUAUAAGAGAGAAUCCAUUUUACAAUCUCAGCUGCCUCCUAGGGACAAGUCAUAAGCCCAGAAGACCCUAUGAAUAUGUCCACUGCCUGCUUCUUGGCAGAAGUGGCAGGGCUCCCCUAGGUCACCCUGUCACAGUGAACCCAUCAAUGGCAGUCACAAGUGACAGUGGGACCCCUCAGCCAGGGCAAAGUCACUUAACAAUGUUCAUUAAUCUGAAUGAUACAGAAGACUAAGAAGAAAAAGGCACAUACACAAACCAAACCCCAACCCAUUAAAAAACUACCUGAAAACUUAGUGUAACAGAGGGAGAAUGAGUCUUCUGCCACAGGGAUAGGCAUUGUUGAGUCUCUGAAACCUUCAGCCCAUUAGUCAGCCUUUCUUUGUGAUAAGACUGUAAUGAUACUCUGGACCAAAACUCUUCUGCAGCUCUUUAAAAACCACUCGAUCUACACUUUCUAAUAAAUAGGACCAUUACUACUCCCAGAAAAGCCUAUUUAUUUUGCCUGCAUUUGUGCUUAAAGUUUUGUGAUGGGCUAGGCAUCUCAAAGCACUCUAAGGCAGAAAUGUUUGCCUUGGAGUCUGGAUUCUUUAAACCUGUGUGCUAAUUCAACAGUGUAACAUUUAAUUGUGUGAGGGUUUCUGUGUAGUUCGCAAACAGCUGUGGUGUAAUGACCCUUGUUUCAUGUAUCCCAUAAAGUGCCAUAGUCUUUUGUUUAAUGUGUAGCGUAUUUAAAUAUGUAUAUUACAUACACAAGUUUUUGUGAAAGAUGUGCAAUAACAAAGGUGUAUGUAUAUUCUUUUUUUUUCUUUUGGAAACUGGACAGGAAUCAAAACAGGGAUGUUUCCUGUUUUGGCAAAGCAGAGUUACACAUUUUUGCCUUCGUGGCCCACUUAUUAGCCCAAAACAAUUUUAAUGCUACAUGAAUCUUAUGUGAAGAGAAGACUGGUAUGAAAGUUUUUUCCUGGGUCUAAAUUAUAAUAAUUACUCUAUUUCUGUGAAAGUGAAGCCAGCAAGCCAGGCCCAGUUAAUGCUAGUCUUUCAUGUGAAAUGUGAAGCUGCGUGUUGCCUUUUCUGUUAGUGUGACUAUCGCUGGACCAUAACUACGGGCGCUGCUUCUUAGCCUGCUUUCCUGGAUCCUGUUAAUGCUAGGCCACUGUGGAAGCACUGCCCACAUGCCUUCUUAGCCUAAGUCUGGCUUUGGACAGACCUUCGUGCAAUAACGCCUGGCCCCGGGAAUCGCUGCCUGCAUCUGUUUAAGUAGCAGUGACGCCCUGCAGGCCCAGAGUCAGAGAUGGGUCGAGUUUCUUCUGAGACUGUGGUGGAGCCCUUUCCAAGGACGAGGGAGUCCUCAGGUGCUCUGGAGGAAAGCUGCACCACUUGACAUUCAACAGCCACUUGAGCCAAACAAAACCUGUAUUACAGCGAUGGACUCAAUUUGAGCCCUCACAUGUGUGGUUACCCUGUUAUACUGUAAACUAAUACAUUGUCUAGCAUUGAUGAGGUUCCCAUGCCUAUGUAUUUUCACAUUGUGCUCCCUCCCCCUCAGAUCUGAAUUAAACCAGAUCUUAUAAACCUA